GAGAAGCAACCAAACCGAGUUACAACUUGCAAAUCAUUUCGUAUCUCCCUCUCCUAUUUCUUUCAACUUACUCAACGCCACACAUUCACACUUGUUUUAUACAUUCACCGGUACACCUUUCACUUUCAGUUUCAAUUUCAAUUGAAGCCAAAGAAAAUACAAAUAUUUAUGGGUGGUAACGGAGGAGAUCUUGAGAGCAACAAGAGCAGAGGUGGUCCGCCGGCGGCUUAUUACACCCCUUCUUCACCUUACCAUCAUUCCGAUUAUUCAUCUGAAAAACAAUGGACUUCCUGGCUCAUUCCCAUGAUUGUUGUUGCCAACGUCGCUAUGUUUAUUGUCAUCAUGCUUGUUAAUGAUUGCCCCAACAACCACAACUCCACUCUUGAAGGGGACUGUGUUGCUAAAUUUCUCGGCAGACUCUCUUUUCAGCCUCUUAAAGAGAAUCCCCUUUUCGGCCCUUCUUCUUCUACGUUGGAAAAAUUGGGAGCUUUAGAGUGGUCUAAGGUGGUGGAUGAUCAUCAAGCAUGGAGACUAGUCUCUUGUAUUUUUCUACAUGCUGGAGUUGUUCAUCUACUUGCAAACAUGUUGAGCUUGGUUUUCAUUGGAAUUCGCCUCGAGCAACAGUUUGGUUUCGUUCGAGUUGGGAUACUCUACAUGCUAGCUGGGAUCGGUGGGAGCAUAUUAUCUGCACUUUUUAUAACAAAUAAUAUAUCUGUUGGUGCUUCUGGUGCUCUCUUUGGACUUCUUGGAGCAAUGUUGUCUGAGCUUCUUACCAAUUGGACUAUUUAUGCUAAUAAGGCUGCAGCUUUGUUUACACUUGUGAUCAUCAUUUUGGUCAACUUAGCUGUUGGGAUGCUACCUCAUGUUGAUAACUUUGCACACAUUGGAGGUUUCUUGACGGGUUUCCUCUUAGGGUUUGUACUGCUUAUGCGGCCCCAAUUUUCUUGGCAAGAACGCCACAAUCUUCCUGUUAACGCUCGUGGCAAAUCCAAGUACACAAUCUACCAAUACGUUUUUUGGCUUCUAUCUGUGAUUCUUUUGGUUGUGGGAUUUACAGUGGGGCUGGUGAUGCUUUUCAAGGGAGAAAAUGGGAAUAAGCACUGCAGCUGGUGCCAUUACUUAAGCUGUGUUCCUACUUCAAGAUGGCGUUGUGAUGACCAAUGAUUCCGUUUCCUAUAUAAUUGAUUGUUAAUGUUAAUACGAGUUGAGAGUUGGAUUGAUUUCUGGUUGUGUGAAAAAUUGUGUUUCUGAUAUGUAGCUAGGAUACGAUAUUUGGUUGUACAUGUAACAGACUCAUAAUGAUACAUGAAGCUAUAGUUAUUCGUGUGUGUGUUUGUAUAUAUAUAUACACUCUCUUAAUCUAAAGCAAACAUUCGUUUUCUU